AUGUCGGUGGCGUCGGGACCUGGGAUUCAGGUGAGGAGCAACGCCGGAAGUGGGUUGGUGGUAAAGCCAUGCGGCAGUCACCAGCUGAAUGCCGUGGCGGCUCUGAGUAGGGUGGGGAUGAACAGAAGAGCUAGGGUUUCGAGGGGGUUGGUGAAGAGGAACGUCGGUAGUUUGGAUAACAGGUUCAUUUCCGGGAUGGCAGUUCGGGGCGGUGCUUCGGGCUUGUGCACGGAAAGGUUGCAUCUUUGGCGCACGGACGGGCAUGGCCGGGCGCCGAAGCUGGUGAUCAAGAAUGCCUUGUCUCAGGUGCCCGAGAAGCCGCUCGGGCUGUAUGAUCCUUCCUUGGAUAAGGACUCGUGUGGGGUCGGGUUCGUCGCUGAACUCUCCGGUGAAAGCAGCCGUAAAACGGUUACUGAUGCAAUAGAGAUGUUGGUACGGAUGUCACAUAGAGGUGCAUGUGGGUGUGAGACAAAUACUGGGGAUGGAGCUGGAAUUCUUGUGGCUCUUCCUCAUGAUUUCUACAAGGAGGCUGCUAAGGAAGCAGGAUUUGAGCUUCCCCCACCUGGUGAAUAUGCAGUGGGCAUGUUUUUCUUGCCCACUUCCGAAAGUCGGAGGGAACAAAGCAAAAUUGUAUUCACAAAGGUUGCGGAAUCGCUUGGGCAUACUGUCCUUGGCUGGCGGCCUGUCCCCACCAAUAACUCAGGGUUGGGCAAGUCUGCUUUGCAGACGGAGCCAGUAAUCGAGCAAGUGUUUCUUACACCUACUCCCAGGUCAAAGGCAGAUUUUGAGCAACAGAUGUACAUAUUAAGGAGGGUUUCGAUGGUGGCUAUCCGAGCUGCAUUAAACCUCCAACAUGGUGGCGUGAGAGAUUUCUAUAUAUGUUCUCUUUCCUCAAGGACUAUUGUCUACAAAGGUCAGUUGAAGCCCAAUCAGUUGAAGGAAUACUACUAUGCUGAUCUUGGAAAUGAAAGGUUUACGAGCUACAUGGCCCUGAUACACUCUAGGUUUUCAACAAACACAUUUCCCAGCUGGGAUCGUGCUCAGCCCAUGCGUGUCCUGGGACACAAUGGAGAAAUAAAUACACUACGGGGAAAUGUAAACUGGAUGAAGGCUCGUGAAGGACUGUUAAAGUGCAAGGAGCUAGGCUUGUCAAAGACAGAGAUGAAGAAGCUUCUACCAAUUGUAGAUGCCAGCUCAUCAGAUUCAGGAGCAUUUGAUGGGGUUCUUGAGCUUUUGGUUAGAGCUGGCAGAAGUCUUCCCGAGGCUAUAAUGAUGAUGAUUCCCGAAGCCUGGCAAAAUGAUAAGAACAUGGACCCUCAUCGAAAGGCCUUGUACGAGUACUUCUCAGCCCUCGUGGAACCAUGGGAUGGCCCUGCUCUCGUAUCAUUUACUGAUGGAAGCUAUCUUGGAGCAACCUUGGAUCGAAAUGGAUUGCGUCCAGGUCGAUUUUAUAUAACGCAUAGUGGUCGAGUUAUCAUGGCAAGUGAAGUUGGAGUAGUUGAUAUUCCACCUGAAGACGUCAGCAAGAAAGGAAGACUUAAUCCUGGCAUGAUGCUCCUUGUAGAUUUUGAGAAGCAUGUUGUUGUAGAUGAUGAGGCCUUGAAGCAGCAAUAUUCACUUGCUAGGCCUUAUGGAAAAUGGCUAGAAAGGCAAAAGCUGGAAUUGAAAGACAUACUUGAAUCCGUUCAGGAAUCUGUCAGGGUUCCUCCACCCAUACCAGGAAUUGUACCAGCAUCUCUUGACGAUGACAACACGGAAAACAUGGGCAUCCAUGGUUUAUUGGCACCUUUGAAGGCUUUUGGUUACACCGUUGAAGCCUUGGAGAUGCUGUUACUACCUAUGGCAAAGGAUGGCAUUGAGCCCCUUGGUUCAAUGGGAAACGAUGCUCCAUUGGCUGUGAUGUCUAACAGGGAGAAGCUCACAUUCGAGUAUUUCAAACAGAUGUUCGCUCAAGUAACUAAUCCUCCAAUCGAUCCAAUACGUGAAAAGAUUGUUACUUCUAUGGAAUGCAUGGUUGGUCCAGAAGGCGAUCUCACAGAGACCACAGAAGAGCAGUGUCACCGCUUGUCACUCAAAGGUCCUCUUUUAUCCAUUGAAGAGAUGGAAGCAAUUAAGAAGAUGAACUACAGAGGCUGGCGAAGCAAAGUUCUUGAUAUCACUUACUCUAAGCAUCGUGGCAGGAAUGGUUUGGAGGAGACCUUAGAUAGGAUAUGUUCAGAAGCUCACAAAGCUAUUAAGGAGGGUUAUACAACACUUGUGCUCUCUGACAGAGCCUUCUCAUCUAAGCGUGUCACGGUGAGUUCCCUAUUGGCUGUUGGUGCUGUACAUCAUCAUCUAGUUAAGAAGCUUGAGCGAACUAGGGUUGCAUUGAUCGUUGAAUCUGCAGAGCCCCGUGAAGUGCACCAUUUUUGUACACUCGUGGGAUUUGGUGCAGAUGCUAUCUGCCCUUAUUUGGCUAUAGAAGCCAUUUGGAGACUGCAAGUCGAUGGAAAUAUUCCUCCUAAAGCCAAUGGUGAGAUCCACUCAAAGGAUGAACUGGUCAAGAAAUACUUCAGAGCAAGCAACCACGGUAUGAUGAAGGUCCUUGCGAAAAUGGGGAUAUCAACUUUGGCCUCAUACAAGGGUGCUCAGAUUUUUGAGGCUGUUGGCCUCUCCUCGGAAGUAAUGGAAAGAUGCUUCAAUGGAACUCCAAGUAGAGUUGAAGGUGCCACUUUUCAGGCACUUGCACAUGAUGCUCUCCACUUGCAUGAUCUUGCUUUUCCAAUGCGCACAUUACCUCCUGGAAGUGCUGAGGCUGUAGCACUUCCUAAUCCCGGAGAUUAUCAUUGGAGGAAGGGUGGUGAGAUUCAUCUUAACGAUCCCCUUGCCAUAGCAAAACUGCAAGAUGCUGCCCGAACCAACAGUGUGGCUGCCUACAAAGAGUAUUCUAAACGCAUACAAGAAUUGAAUAAAUCCUGCAAUUUAAGGGGACUUCUUAAAUUUAAAGAGACUGUCGCGAAGGUUCCUCUGGAAGAAGUUGAACCAGCCAGUGAGAUUGUAAAACGAUUUUGUACUGGAGCCAUGAGCUAUGGAUCUAUAUCAUUGGAAGCGCACACAACUUUAGCAAUUGCCAUGAACAAGCUAGGGGGAAAGUCAAAUACAGGUGAGGGUGGUGAACAACCAUCUCGUAUGGAGCCUCUUCCUGAUGGUUCAAGGAAUCCAAAGAGGAGUGCAAUUAAGCAGGUAGCAAGUGGGAGAUUUGGAGUUUCUAGUUACUACCUUACAAAUGCUGACGAAUUACAGAUAAAAAUGGCUCAGGGAGCAAAGCCGGGAGAAGGUGGUGAACUUCCUGGCCACAAGGUCAUUGGGGACAUUGCUGUCACCAGGAACUCAACUGCCGGUGUGGGUCUAAUUAGUCCUCCUCCCCAUCAUGAUAUUUAUUCAAUUGAAGAUCUUGCUCAAUUGAUUCAUGACCUCAAGAAUGCCAAUCCCGGGGCUCGUUAUUCACACUUCAACCAAAGACUUCCUGGUGUUGGAGUUAUUGCUAGUGGUGUUGUCAAGGGUCACGCUGAUCAUGUUCUAAUCUCUGGUCAUGAUGGAGGUACAGGAGCCUCGAGAUGGACUGGUAUCAAGAGUGCUGGGGUUCCAUGGGAACUUGGUCUUGCAGAGACCCAUCAAACCUUAGUUGCUAAUGACCUACGGGGUCGAACUGUUCUUCAGACAGAUGGUCAACUAAAAACAGGGAGAGAUGUGGCCAUAGCUGCACUUCUUGGAGCAGAGGAGUUUGGUUUUAGUACUGCUCCUCUUAUUACGCUUGGCUGCAUCAUGAUGCGGAAGUGCCACAAAAACACCUGUCCAGUUGGGAUUGCCACCCAGGAUCCUGUUCUCAGAGAAAAGUUUGCGGGUGAGCCUGAACACGUCAUAAAUUUUUUCUUCAUGCUGGCGGAAGAGCUGAGGGAAAUAAUGUCUCAACUAGGGUUUCGAACAAUUAAUGACAUGGUUGGCCGUUCAGACAUGCUUGAAUUGGAUAAAGAUUUGGCCAAGAACAAUGAGAAGCUAAAGAAUAUUGAUCUGUCCUUGUUACUUCAACCAGCUGCUGAUAUUCGUCCAGAAGCUGCACAGUAUUGUGUGCAGAAACAGGAUCAUGGUUUGGACAUGGCUUUGGAUAACAAACUAAUAGCUUUGUCCAAACCUGCUUUAGAGAAAAGUCUCCCUGUGUACAUCGAGUCACCAAUCUGCAAUAUAAAUAGGGCCGUUGGAACCAUGCUAAGCCAUGAAGUCAGUAAGCGCUACCACUUGUCGGGACUUCCUCACGAUACAAUUCAUGUCAAACUCAGCGGAAGUGCAGGACAAAGUCUUGGAGCUUUUCUAUGCCCUGGCAUUACAUUGGAACUUGAAGGUGACAGCAAUGACUAUGUUGGCAAAGGGUUAUCAGGGUUAUCGGGUGGAAAGAUUAUUGUUUAUCCUCCGAAAGGAAGCAAUUUUGACCCUAAGGAAAACAUAGUAAUUGGAAAUGUAGCUCUUUAUGGGGCAACAAACGGAGAGGCAUACUUUAAUGGGAUGGCAGCAGAAAGAUUUUGUGUUCGCAAUUCAGGGGCCAAAGCAGUUGUGGAAGGUGUGGGUGAUCACGGAUGUGAGUACAUGACUGGUGGAAUUGUUGUUGUGCUGGGAAAGACAGGUAGAAACUUUGCUGCUGGAAUGAGUGGGGGCAUUGCCUAUGUUCUCGACAUGGAUUCCAAGUUCAGAUCUCGAUGCAAUCUUGAGUUGGUCGAUCUUGAUCCAGUAGAAGAAGAUGAUAUUAUGACACUCAGAAUGAUGAUACAACAGCAUUUACGUCACACAAACAGUGAACUGGCUAAAGAAGUGCUUGCUGAUUUUGAUACUCUUUUGCCUAAAUUUAUCAAGGUUUUCCCUCGAGAUUACAAACGAAUUCUUGCAAGCACGCAAGGAAAAGAAUCUGCAAAAGCAGCUGCUGGACAUGCUGCCAAAGAAGCUGAGUUGCAGGAACAGGAAGAGUUGAUGGAGAAAGAUGCUUUUGAAGAGCUUAAGAAGCUGGCAGCUACAUCCGUGAACGAAAAAGACAGUCAGGCUGAGGAGGAUAAACAAUUGAAGAGACCUACUAGGGUUCCAGAUGCUGUGAAGCACCGAGGUUUUGUUUCCUAUGAGCGAGAGAGCAUUUCGUACAGAGAUCCUAAUAUUCGGAUGAAUGACUGGAAAGAAGUUAUGGAAGAAUUAAGACCUGGCCCACUUCUGAAGACACAAUCUGCUCGUUGUAUGGACUGUGGCACUCCUUUUUGUCAUCAGGAGCAUUCUGGAUGUCCUCUUGGAAAUAAAAUUCCUGAAUUCAAUGAGUUGGUGUACCAAAAUAGAUGGCAUGAAGCGUUGGAUAGGCUCUUGGAGACUAAUAACUUUCCUGAGUUCACGGGCCGGGUAUGCCCUGCACCUUGUGAAGGGGCUUGUGUCCUUGGUAUUAUCGAGAAUCCCGUCUCUAUCAAAAGCAUGGAAUGUGCUAUAAUAGACAAAGCUUUUGAGGAGGGAUGGAUGGUGCCACGACCUCCCCUGAAGAGAACUGAGAAAAAAGUUGCCAUUAUUGGAAGUGGGCCUGCUGGCUUAGCUGCUGCUGACCAGUUAAAUAAAAUGGGUCAUACUGUGACCGUGUUUGAGCGUUCGGACAGAAUUGGUGGUCUUAUGAUGUAUGGGGUGCCUAACAUGAAGGCCGAUAAAGUUGAUAUUGUCCAGAGACGGGUUAACCUCAUGGAAAAGGAAGGUGUAAACUUUGUGGUAAAAGUAAAUGUUGGAAAGGAUCCUGCAUACUCGCUUGAUCAGCUUCGUGAGGAUCAUGAUGCUAUCGUUUUGGCUGUAGGAGCCACGAAGCCAAGGGACCUCCCUGUUCCUGGACGAGAACUGUCUGGAGUCCUUUUUGCAAUGGAGUUUCUUCAUGCUAAUACAAAAAGCUUGCUCGAUAGCAAUCUUAAGGAUGGUAAUUACAUCUCUGCCAAGGGCAAGAAGGUAGUGGUAAUUGGUGGGGGUGACACCGGUACAGAUUGUAUUGGAACAUCUAUCAGACAUGGUUGCAGCAGCAUCGUAAAUCUAGAGCUUCUCCCUGAGCCACCACUAACCCGAGCAGCUGGAAACCCUUGGCCUCAGUGGCCCCGCAUAUUCCGUGUAGAUUAUGGGCAUCAAGAAGCUGCAUCGAAGUUUGGCAAGGAUCCUAGGUCUUAUGAGGUUAUGACAAAGCGGUUUGUUGGAGACGAGCAUGGAGUGGUGAAAGGACUGGAGAUUGUGAGUGUCCAUUGGGAGAAAGAUGCAAGUGGGAAGUUUUCAUUUAAAGAAGUUGAAGGCAGCGAGGAGACCAUUGAAGCUGAUUUAGUCUUACUAGCCAUGGGAUUCCUCGGACCUGAAUCAACUCUACCCGACAAACUGGGCUUGGAGAGGGACAACAGGUCGAACCUUAAAGCUGAGUAUGGACGCUUCUCAACCAAUGUGGAAGGGAUUUUUGCUGCCGGAGAUUGCCGCCGAGGUCAAUCUCUGGUCGUGUGGGCAAUUUCAGAAGGCCGACAAGCAGCUGCACAAGUUGACAAUUACCUAAUGAAAGAUGAGAAUGACGUCACAAUUAGCACCGACAGACUUGAAGAAUCGACACAGACACAAGAUAGCAACAGACAAACAGUUAUGACGUAG